AGAGUUUGUCCGCGCGGGGAAUGACGCCGCCGGUGGUUGUCCGCGCGCUGGGCUCGGCCCUGCUCCUGCUCGGGCUCGUGCUGUGCCUCCCAACGGCCGCCGCUCGGAAAACGACGGAGCCGCCCGAGUGGACCGUCCCGAAGGAGGACACGGACUCGCCCUACGGCUCCCUCUGGCCGCUGCCCCAGACGGUUCGCUUUGACGGCGAGUGCUACCGCCUGAACCAAGGCCGCUUCCAGAUCCUUCACUCGAGCACGUCGACGGCGACCGUCGGCUGCGGCAUCCUGGACGACGCCUUCCGCCGGUAUUUCGGUUACAUCUUCAGCUCGUCCUACCGGACAACCCACCGCCGCCCAGUCUCGAGCGGCCCCGAGGAUAAGGAGAAGUCCGCCCCCGUGCCCGAAAUGCUUCAGCUGCAGGUCACCGUCACCUGGAAGGACCCCGAGUGUGACAAGUACCCGAGCGUCACCUCCAACGAGGCGUAUGAAAUCCAUGUUUCGAAACUUAGGGCUACCCUGAAAGCAGAGACGGUAUGGGGUGCCCUACGAGGAUUAGAGACAUUUAGCCAAUUGGUUUAUGAAGAUGAUUAUGAUACUCAUCUCAUUAAUAAAACGGAUAUUAUUGAUUUCCCAAGAUUUACUCACAGAGGAAUCCUCAUCGAUUCUUCACGACACUACCUACCUGUAGAAGUAAUUCUUCAAACGUUGGAUGCCAUGUCUUUCAAUAAAUUUAAUGUUUUGCACUGGCACAUUGUGGAUGACCAAUCAUUCCCUUAUCAGAGUAUUACGUUUCCCGAACUGAGUCAGCAGGGUGCAUAUCAUCCUGUCACUCACAUUUAUACAGCCUCUGAUGUUAAAGAAAUCAUUGAAUAUGCUCGUUUAAGAGGAGUUCGAGUCAUUCCAGAAUUUGACACUCCUGGACACACACAAUCAUGGGGGAAAGGUCAAGCCGAUCUCCUUACUCAAUGUUACAAUGGUGAGGAGCCUAGCAGAACAUUUGGACCUGUCAACCCCGCUGUAAAUACGACUUUUGGCUUCAUGACUAAGCUCUUUAAAGAGAUCAGCCGCACGUUUCCUGAUGACUACAUUCACUUGGGAGGAGAUGAGGUGGAUUUCUCCUGCUGGAGAUCAAAUCCCACUGUUAAACAGUUUAUGGAGAGCCAUGGUUUUGGCACUGAUUAUAGAAAGCUUGAAUCGUUCUACAUUCAGAGUGUCCUGGAUAUUGUAUCUGCCAAUAGGAAGGGUUAUAUGAUCUGGCAAGAGGUUUUUGAUAAUGGGGUAAAGAUUAAACCAGACACCGUAGUUGAAGUGUGGAUGGAGAGCAAUGUAAAGAGAGAACUAGCUAAAGUAACGCGAGCUGGGUUCACAACCAUCCUGGCAGCACCAUGGUAUUUAGAUUACGUUAGCUAUGGACAGGACUGGGUGAAAUACUAUCAAGUUGAACCUCUCCAUUUCAAUGGAACAGCUGCCCAGAAGAAAUUGGUGAUUGGUGGAGAGGCUUGCCUCUGGGGAGAAUACGUGGAUGGAACAAACCUCACACCACGAUUAUGGCCUCGCGCGAGUGCUGUUGGUGAACGACUUUGGAGCCAGGAAAACGUAACUGUUCUGGGAGAUGCAUACAGUAGACUUACUAAACACCGUUGUCGCAUGAUCCGACGAGGGAUACCCGCAGAGCCGAUGUUUGUUGGCCAUUGUGCUUAUGAAUACAAAGGCUGAGUGUUUGGAAAAUGAAACAAAAUAGCAAACUUUGAAAUCAGCAUUUGAACUGAAGAAAAUUGCUGUACGACACUGAAAUUAUAGAGAAUGAUCAUGAGUAUUUUUAACCAGAAUGAAUGUUUGAUUUUUUAUAAAUAUUCAAAGGCAUUGUACAAUAAAAUGUUCAAUAUUUU